AUGGCUGAUAACAGCUCAUCGAUUGGUGGUGAGUCUUUACAGCUGCAGUACAGUUACCGGGUCAUUAUUGUGCAGCUCCUGGUGGUGAUUUUUCUUUGCAUCAACCUUUUGCUCAUCGUGACCUUUUUUAAAAAGGAGUUCUUCUACACAACGACACGUUACAUCUUAUAUGCUGUCACACUACUGUCUGAUAGCUUUGUAUUAUUAGUGUCUGAUGUCCUUCUUAUCUUGACCUUUUUUGAAAUUACCAUGCAUGUUUGGUUAUGCAUCAUCAUCACUGUUCUGGUAUUAAUGUAUAUAAUACUCACACCAGUUACUCUGACAGCAAUGACCCUGGAGCGCUAUGUGGCCAUAUGCAUGCCCCUGCGCCAUGGAGAGUUGUGCUCCACACGCAGUGCUAUAAACUGCAUCCUCAUCAUUCACGGCCUCAGCUCUGUACCCUGUAUUGUUGUCUUCUCCAACUUCUUUGCAUCAGCUUCUCUAAGCUUUUAUGAACAACACAGUGUGUGCUCUAUGGAGAUAUUCAUGUUGUUCAGAUGGCAUGAUCAUAUUAGGUCAGCUUUAAGUCAGUUGUACUUCUUGAUUAUGUGUAUUACUAUUGUAUUCUCCUAUGCUAAAAUAAUGAAAGUGGCAAAAUCUGCAUCAGGAGAGAAUAAAAAGUCAACAUGGAAAGGGCUCAGAACAGUAAUUCUUCAUGCUUUCCAGCUGCUGCUCUGUCUCAUCCAGCUGUGGUGUCCAUUCAUAGAAGCUGCUGUACUUCAGAUUAAUUUCAGGUUAUUUAUCAGUGUCAGGUACUUUAACUACAUAAUGUUUAGUCUCGUUCCACGAUGUCUCAGUCCUCUCAUUUAUGGCCUCAGGGAUGAAAAGUUUUUUCUUGAACUGAAAAAGUAUGCUUUCUUUGGCUUGUAUAAGAAACGAUACUGA